AUGAAAGAUGGCAAAGCCACUCUUGGUCUGAAAACUUGGUGUGAUGACCAGUUUGACAAGGCAUGUGAUGCGCUCAGGGUGGUGACCAACAAGGAGGCGCAAGCCCGCAUCCAAGAGAAGCUAGUUCGCGACAUGAGCAACAAGGCCCAGGUGAGCAAGGAAGAAGAGAAGAUGGAAAAGCUUUCUUGUUUCUUCAGCAAUCAUUUCCAAAACAUGUUCAACUAUUGCCCGCCCAUUGCCAAGUCUGGUCUUGGCUUCGAAGGCUACACGGACUACGUGGAGGGUGUGGAGGAAUGUCGCUUUUGCCUGCGUGCUCCAUGUCUUCUUGAUGACUACUAUGACUUUCUAUUCAGGGACGUUGCGGAGCCCAUGGAGUUGGCCGGAAUGUCGAACAAGGAGAUUAGAUUCCAGUUGUACAGUGGUUCCAUUCGCUUGUGGCGAGGAUACAUGGGAGGUGGCAACCGUGUAAGAGUGCCCCGCUGCAUGAUGACGGAGAUCAAGGAUCAUUAUCCUGACCCAGAAGGUAAAUACGUUGGCUUCAAGCCAUCUGCCAAACAGGCCAAGAAGCAGAUGGAAAUCUACUUGUCAUCUGAUACUGACACUGAUACAGAGCUUGACGGUGAGAAGAUUGCUGUCGACAAGGACAGAGAGAUGGAUGAAGCUUUGGAUUCUGCGUUGUCUGGCCCUUGUGGAGACACACCGCCGAAGAGGAUGGUGAAUGGGAACAAGGUUGUUGCUGUUGCCAAUGCUGAUGCCACUGAUGCCACUGAUGAUUCCAAGCCUGCUGCUGAUGAUUCCAAGCCUGCCGCCGACGAGCCAGCCACCGACAACUCCAAGCCUGCAGCUGUUGAUGAUUCGAAAGAGAAGACUUCAGCUGUUGCUGCUGACGGUUUGGCUUUCUCGCCUGUGGAAACAAGCAAGAAGAGCAAGAAAAGGACCAUUCAGCACUGGUUCCCAACUUUCAAGGAUGUUCCCGAACAGAAGAACAAGAAACCUCUUCUUUCGAAAAUGAAAGGGUGGCCAAAGGAAGACAACUCGAAGAAUGACAAGUUGCAGCCACCCCCUCCCAUGGCACUCUAA